UAUUGUUUCAUUGCUAAAAUAAAAGCAAAAUCAAUUUUAAUAUGUAAAAAUUUAAAGUAGAGUGUUCUUUUUGUAAUGUCUUCGCAGUAAACAAAUUAUGAAUAUUUUAGUUGGUUCUACAUAAUUUAACAACAUAUACAUACCAAUAUUCAAAAUUGGCAUAUAACCACCACAUAUUCGUUGAAUAGUGAACCACGUGUUAUUUGAUAUCUUGUAGGCGGUCAGUCUGGCGUCGUCUCGUCUCGACUUUGUCUGACGGCGUGUCGCCUUGUAAGCUUUAGUUUGGUUGAAGCAGACGUGAGAAUGUGUGCGGUGCUGAAAGUGUGGUCUGUCAGAAUAAGUGUUCCCUUCGGCAUUUCUGGUGAUGUGAAGGGUCUAUGCCUAAACUUUUUAAGUAAACAAUUUUCUUUUUUUAUUUGCUGAGUCAUUAUCAAAGAGCUUUACCUUUUUAAAGCAUUGUAUACGACAAGAAGGUUUUGGUAAUAUGUAUAUGUGUUAAAACCAACUUUUGCCAACGUUUUUUUUAAUCUGUUUCUUUUUUUUGGUUACUAAAAUUAUUUGUAAGAGUAAGAGCUACACAGGUUAUUACUGCAACAGAAAUACAUAUUAAUCUAACUUUCAAAUCCGUAAGCAACAGUAAUGAGUCUAUACUUAAGAUAUCCUUCAGGAGUUUGAAAUGUGGCAAAAAAAGGAAUAUACGCCGCUCCCAAAUAAAAAAUAUUUAUAAUGGAUUGGAAGUUGUAUACCAGGAAUAUAAAACUGCCAUAACUCGUACAUCUUUUAUGAGGCGCACUGCCGAAACUAAUUGUUUACCAAAUAUCAAAGAUGCGGUUUGCCUUCGACCCCAAUCAAUCGGAGGAGCCUUUUAAAGGCAACAGAUGCUUCUUCAAUUGUCAAUGCCUGUGCUGUCGACAGGGAUGCUGUGUUGUCGUUGUUAAAUGCUGCUGCUGCUUUAGCUUCAACUGCUGCAGCAACAUCAGCGGAUCCCGAAAAUCAUUUCUUCAACCGGCUUUAGCGCGCAAGAAAGUUCUUGAAACCGAGGUUGUAAGCAUAACAAAGCUGAUGGGAGCCGUUGUUGUGCUUGCACGCUGGGCGACUGCAUUAGCAACUAUUUUGACGAGAUGUAUUCUUCAGGAUAUUUUCUCGGUGCUUGGACAGUUUGUCAUCUCAGAUGGAAGCCGAUCCAGUAGUAGACCUGUACAUGUUUCGGCUCCUACGACACCUAACGAACCUUCCAGCAGCAAUGCGGUUAAAAAGCUAAAGAUAUUUUAUGGAUACACUUCAUACGAGAUAAAUAAUGAUCAGCAGAUGAAAUCCAACAAUCUCUGCACAAUACUAUGCAAUAGUCACAAUCGGAAGCGACAACGACGAAAACGGCGACGGCGCAGGCGCAGACGGCGUAGGCACAGAAAUAUGGCUAAACGGCAACAAGCACAACGCACAACACAAAAAAAAUCUCAAAUUGAUAAACUGGUUCAAAGGAAUGAUCAAGUCUAUCAACAAAGGCUUCGCCUUAGCGAUGACACGUGUCAAUCUUUAGAGGCAAAUUUUAAAGUGAGCCAAGGCAAAGUGUCAGAAGAAAAACUCGUAUGCCAGUCCGAAAGAAGCGUUUUAGUGUCUCCUCUACGGGAAAUAAUAUCGCCUUGGUCAUCAACACAAGGCUCAAUGCGUAAUUGCUCAAAGAAUAAACGGAAUAGAGCCAAUCUCAUUUGGCUUCUAAUUGGUCUCGUCUGGUUUGAAGUCAAACUAAUUAACUGCAAUGGAAUUAGCAGCAAUUAUUAUGCUUCCAAUUUAGAAACUCACAAAGGAUGCACCUUGUGUCAUGAAGGAGGCAAACUGAACAUUUACAACGAUAAAGAUAAUCCACACACAGACUACAACAUCUACAACAAAUACCAUACCAACAAUUUUUACAAAAAAAAAAAUUAUGAACUCCAUAACAACAUUGCACUGAGCGACCAAGUUCGCUUAGAGUCGAUAAAACGGCAAAUUUUGACAAAACUUGGCCUUAGCCACAAGCCUAAUGUAUCUCAUCCCUUACCUAAGCAAUUUAUAUGGGAAACAAUAUAUCGAGCCGAUGGUGGAAAAAUGAUUAUCAACAACCCAAGUGAGACCGGUGGUAAUGUUUUUGAUCAACAUAUUUCCAGACCACGCACCUUCAGAUUACACGAAAUAAGUAGGUUUAGCGGCCAGGGUGGAAGGACAUAUACUAGUCAUCAUCAAUUUCGGUCCCCGUUCGAGUAUACUUUUAACAUAAGUAAUCCCAAUGUGUAUGAAACAGACUUGAGAAAUCGUCCUGCAGAUCGAAGAAGACAUCAUAUGCAAAAAGACCAAAGAGAAAACGUAUUUACGAAGGGAUCGACAAAGAAGCCGAAAUUUAAAAUGAGUUAUAUUGCGUCGACGUCUACAACACUACUUAAAAGACAGAUUAGCAGUAUUACAAAGAAGCUAAAGAGUGGGGACGCAAAAAAAGUUAACGGCAAUGAAAUAAAUGCAAAUACGUUUAGAAAAUCUACAUAUCUGAUAGAUAUAAAUCGUAGUAGUGAUAAUAGCGCCAGUACUGGCACAAAUGGUGAGAUCAGGCGCAAUGUUUAUGAUUAUUUUAACGAUUACAGUGCUCAGACUGAUGAUAAAAACCAAUACCAUGAAAGCAAUGAGUAUCACCCAUUGGUCCGAAAUAUUGAAGAUAAAAAUCGUAAGCGGAAAUACGAUUCUCUUAUUCAUGACCAAGAAAAUGUUGAUCAUGAAGACUUCUUCGGAAAUACUCAGGAAAUAAUUACAUUUGCGGAAGAAGGAACACAAUAUCGAAAAUAUCGAAUACUCGAAUUUUCGCCACAAAACCGUGUUCCUAACCAAAAACUAUCCAUACGCAGCGCUCAGAUUCACAUACGGAUAGACAAACCACAUAGUUUCUGGAUCGAGAGAGCAAAAAAUUUACAGGAAGAACAUAUGCUGAAUACUAAACGGAAAUGGGCAAAUAAACUUCAUCAUAGAAUAAAAAUCUGGGUAUUUCAGUUAUCAACAGCAAUCAAUAUUACAGAGAAGGGAAUUGACAAGGCUAUCCUGUUCCGUGCAUCUUUUGAAGUAGACACUAAAAAUUUGGGAUGGCAAAAAUUCGAUUUAACCGAAACAAUCCGUGAGUGGUACGAUCAUAGCAGAAAUGAAAAACUACGAUUAUUGAUUGAUUGCACUGGAUGCGGAGGUCGGUACUCCUUGCACCUAUUUCAAACUUCGAAACUUAGAGACAACUCAUCAGAUUAUUUAAGCCCGAAUCCUAAUCGACCAUUUCUCGUACUUCAUACGGAGUCAGAAAGGACAAGGCGCGUUAGAAGACGUGCUGUGGAUUGCGACGGCGCUUUAAGUGGGCAAUGCUGCAAAGAGUCAUUUUAUGUAUCCUUUAAGGCUCUCGGUUGGGAUGACUGGAUUAUUGCACCCAGGGGAUAUUUUGCGAACUAUUGUAGAGGCGAUUGCACGGGGUCGUUCAGAACACCAGAUACUUUUCAAACAUUUCAUGCCCAUUUUAUAGAGGAGUACCGAAAAAUGGGCCUCUUGAAUGGAAUGCGACCCUGUUGUGCCCCAAUAAAAUUCUCCAGUAUGUCCUUGAUUUAUUAUGGAGAUGAUGGAAUUAUUAAAAGAGACUUGCCAAAAAUGGUUGUAGAUGAGUGUGGUUGCCCUUAGCCCUGGCCCGAUAUCCUAUAAAUUUUCUGUAUUCCGUCCGGUAGACAUAGACAUAAUGUCCUCGGCUAUCUUCAUUGUCAAAAAAAAGUUUUAUAACAUAAAUAAUAUGUUCUAUGUAACGUUUUACUAAAUCGGGAUAAAAGUGGCGUGUUAUUGACAAUUAAUACAUUUUAUUGUAUUUUAAGAUAGGUUGAUGACAAUAUUUGUAUAUUAACGUACAAAUCCAAAAUUGAGAAAGUGCCUAAAUUAAACCAAAUGUAAAACUUUAAGACUCAUCAAUAACUAUAACUAUCUUUGAAUAUGGUAAAAGCCGCUCUUAAUAAAUUUAAUUAACUUAAACUUCAAUUAACUUUAGCGAAUAUGUGCAUUUUGUUUCAAUAUAAAAUCAUUAUUUACAGCUUACAAUAUAAAAAAACAUGAUUUCUUUUUUUCAAAUUAAUAGUUUGUCAAUUUUAUAAAUCAAUUCAUUUCAAAUUGCAGUUGAAUAAAGCUUUGAACUAUA